AUGAUCGCCACCGGCGGCCUCCUGAGGAUCUCCGCCCGGAAGCAGGACCCCCUCCGGCCCCCGGGCCAGGUCCCCAAGCGCAAGCGGAAAGCCAAGAAGAGGCGCAAGAACGACGUGGUGGUGGUGAAGGGCAAGCUGAAGCUGUGCUCCGUCUCCGGGCUCAUCGCCCUCUGCGGGAUCGUGGUGCUGCUGGUGGGCAUCGCCCUGGCGGUGGUGGGCUACUGGCCCAAGGCCAACGGAGCUCACCGGGAGGGGGCUAAGCAGCCGCCGCCGCCGCCGCCACCCGGGGACAGCGGCUACCGUAUCCCCUCCAUGACCAACAGCAGCAGCGGGGGCAGCAGAAACCGGUCCAGGACCCAGCCGGGGCCUCCGGAAGGUGUCACCGCCAGUUCGGUGGGCGCGCCCAGAAGCACGCCCCCAGCGCGGUCCCCCGCCCCCUCGCCGUCGUCCUCCACGUCGGUGGGCUUCUUCUUCCGCGUCUUCUCGGGCUACCUGCACUCCGACAAGCUCAAAGUCUUCGGGCCCCUCAUCAUGGGCAUUGGCAUCUUCCUCUUCAUCUGCGCCAACGCCGUGCUCCACGAGAACAGGGACAAGGAGACCAAGAUCAUCAACCUGCGGGACCUCUACUCCACCGUCAUCGACGUGCACAGCCUCCGCGCCAAAGACCUGGCGGCCGCCGCCUCGUCCUCCGGCCCCGCCUCGGCGCCCCCCGGGGCCGCGCCGCUCAACGGCUUCCUGGGCUACGUGGAGUCGCGGGGCCUGGAGCUGAAGCCCGGGACCCGCGGCGGCGCCGCCGGGGACGCCUUCGGGGCGGCAGCGAUGCUGGCCCGCGGCGCCUGGCCCCACCCCGCGGCCCGGAGGGGAGGUGGCGGGGGGACCCCAGGCGCCGUGUCCCCGCCCGACCUGGCCUCGUCCCCACGCCGCCCGCGGGAGCCCCCGAGCCCGGCGGAGGCCGUGUACAGCAUCUACCGCGAGCGCCCGGGCGUGGCCGGCCGUCGCCGGGCCGCGAGCAGCGGCAGCAGCCCGGCGCCCGGCAGCCCCCCCGAAACCUGGGGGCGCCCGAGCACUGCCAGCUCCCUCGUGGGCUCGUCGCUGAGCGCCUUCGCGCUGCUGCCCCUGCCGGGGGACCGCGACGGGGACGCGGGGACCGCGAGCCACGGCUGGCAGCGGCCCCCCGGGGAGCGCGGCGCCCGGGAGAUCCCGCUCGACCUGAGCCUCGCCGACCUCCGGGGCGGUGCCCGGGGCGGCGCGCGCUGGGCGCCUCGCGAGCCGGAGGAGCCGGCAGCCGCGCGCACCGCCAGGGGGCAGGGCGGCCGCCUACCCAGGACCGGCAGGCACGCGGCCCUGCGGCGCCGCAGCACCAGCGGGCUGCCGGACUACCGGGCGGCCCAGUCCUCCGAGCCCCUGCCCGCCUCGCGCAGCGCGGACCUGGACUCCAGCCUCCCGGAGCUCGCGGCCUCCCCGGAGACCCCAGCCCGGCCGGACUCGCCGAGUUCCCAGUCUGAUGACCCGUCCUGCAACAAUAAGGGCUACACCCCCCUGCGAGAGACGGGCACUUCCCUAGAGUCGAUGGGGGACCUGGGGGCCGGUGGAAACCCAGACGGGGAGGCCGCCACCGCCCCGGAGCCGGAGCAGAGACCCCCGGAGGAUCCCGGCCAGGAGGCCCCCGAGGCCGAGCCCUCCCAUCCGGUGCAGAGGCAGUUUACAAACAAGGAAAAACUCUACAUGAUUUCCCGGUCUCACGCCUCAGGGGUCGAGGACAGAGAAUUGGAGAGUGCUGGCAUUUAG